AUGAUUCCCUCGUCUCCCUCAUUUCCCUCAUCGUUCGAUCCGGCACUGCAUCUACACUCCCAGGACGAUAUCGCACCACAUCCACCCUCCGAGUCCUUCGCCGACGACCUCGAGGUCCUGAACCUGCAGCGACUGGAGCACAAGCGCGACGUAAUCCAGCACCGAGCGUGGGAUCUGGCCGAUGUGUUCCGCAGUGACGACGAUAUAAGACCUGGGUUGUGGUUCCUGGUGUCGUCCCCUCCGGUCGCGAGGAUGCCGUUUAUUUCUUCACCUGGUGCGCUGGCGCCCACUCGCGCGGCCCGUGCCGAGUCGCAGAAGAGGAAAGCGUCCGAUGUAGAUGAUGUGGAGGACGGCGCCCAGUCGACGGAGCAACAGAAACGGCCCCGCAUGUUGGGAGGGUUUUUGGCCGAUGAUGAUGACGACGAGGAGGACGAUGAUAUCCCGCCUGGUUUGGGGGAUGAGCAGUUCAAGAGCCAGUUUGAGCUGCAGGAGUAUGUGCUCGAGUCGGGGCCCGCACCUAUCAUAGCGGAACCACCAGAGACAACGAAUGAGCCAACACCCACGCCUACAACCACACCCUCGCUCUUGAAUCCGCUACCCGCAAGACAAACGGCGGCACCGCAGAAGUUCCAGAUUAAAACAUGUGCCGGCAAAACGCAUAGCGUGUCCGCGCGAAAGGCCCAUGCGCCGGUUUCUUAUGAGCGGAUUAUUGCUAGUCGAUCCGAGACGGCUCCGGGGCGGGCUAAGACGGCCUACUACGGUAUUGAAAUCCAUAAAUUGCUGGAUGACGCCGCGAAAACUACGAAGCAGACGUCAGAUAAGACUCCCCCAGCGCCAGUUCAGCAGUCCAUCGAAAACCCCAAGCAAAGCAAGAGGGACCAUGCCAUGUGGACGGAAAAGUACCGUGCGCGCAAGUUCACCGACCUGAUAGGCGAUGAGCGGACUCAUCGAGCCGUUUUACGCUGGCUGAAGGGGUGGGACCCCAUUGUCUUCCCCGGUCUGGCCAAGGCUCAGGCUCGCGCGAAGAAACAGACUCAAGGAGACGAGGAAGAGGAGCGUAUGCACCGGAAAGUUCUAUUGUUGAGUGGACCCCCGGGUUUGGGCAAGACGACCCUGGCACAUGUAUGCGCCAAACAGGCUGGCUACGAAGUGCUCGAAAUCAACGCCAGCGAUGACCGCAGCAAGGAUGUGGUCAAGGGCCGGAUUCGUGAUGCGCUGGGUACGGAGAACGUCAAGGGCAUGAAUGUCGAAGUUGGCGAGAAGAAGAUCCGCCGCGCUGGGAAACCCGUCUGUGUUGUGGUGGACGAGGUGGAUGGUGUUGUAGGCGGGUCUGGCAGUGGCGGCGAGGGUGGUUUCAUGAAGGCAUUGAUCGAUCUUGUUCUGCUUGACCAACGCAACUCGGCGCGUUCCGCAGAACAACAUGGGAAAAUCAACAAGAAGCGCAAGGGGGACACCUUCCGCUUUCUGCGGCCGCUGAUUCUGAUCUGCAAUGAUCUCUACCACACUAGCCUUCGGCCUCUGCGGGCUUCUUCUGUCGCGGAGAUGAUCCAUGUUCGCCACGCGCCGCUGGAGAACGUUGUUCAGCGAGUGAAGAAUAUCUUCACCAGAGAAGGAAUCCCCUGUGACAGUGACGGCGCUCGAAGGCUUUGUGAAGCGUCUUGGGGCCUGGCAGCCAGGAGACAGCGCGGCUCGAAGAGCACCGGCUCGGCCGAGGGUGAUAUUCGCAGCGUGCUCGUUGCUGCCGAAUGGGUGGCACAUAAACUCCGCAAUGAAUUAACAAGCCCCAAACUGACCCGAACCUGGCUGGAGCAACGCGUACUCAGUGCCUCGACCGAAGGCAGCUCGUUCUUCAAGGAACUGAGUCGCGGCGGCGUCCGCGAGAUUGUCAACCGUGUAUUCGCCGAAGGAGCCGGCUUCUCGGAUGACCCCGUGGGCACGACUUCAUUCCAGGACCGAUACGACGGCCCCAACUCUCGGACUCCUGUCGGUGUGGCGGAUUUGCGCAAACGACACGCUAUCAACCGCCUGCGGGAGAUGGUGGAAGCCAGCGGCGACCAUGACCGGUGUGUCUCGGAAUGUUUUGCUGUAUAUCCCAUUCAGGAGUACCAGGACGACACUUUUCUCUCCAAACCAAACGCCGCUUACGACUGGCUACAUUUCCACGACUCGAUUUCCUCUAAGGUCUACUCGUCUCACGAAUGGGAGCUCGGACCGUAUCUGAGCCAGUCGGUCGUUGCAUUUCACCACCUCUUUGCAUCCGCGGCUGGGAAGACCGACGCGACAGGUCAGAAUCCGGAUGAAGAUGACGCUGAAGAAGACCACCCUUUCUCCGGGCCAAAGGCAGACUAUGCCGCAUUCGAAGCGCAGAAGCAGAACCGCCAGAUCUUAAACGGGUUCCAUUCGUCCUUCUCCGCGCCCUUGCUGCGCAUGUUCCGUUCACCAGAGAAUGUGAUCACGGAAUUGGUUCCACAUGUCAUGCGCAUGCUCUCUCCCGACGUCAAACCGGUGAUUGUUCGUGGUGGCGGCGAUCAGCGUAGCGUGGCCAGCGUCCGGAAGGAGAGUGAGCGCGCGCUGGUGCAGGCUGCCGUGCGAGUCAUGGCCGGGCUGGAAGUAACCUUUGAGAAAGUGCGAGUCGAGCAUGACGGUGGGAGUCACGGUGGAUGGGUCUACAGAAUGGAGCCACCAAUCGACUCUCUCGUCUCCUUCUCCAAAACCAAAGGCAGUUCCAUGGCUUCCGCGGGCCCCGUCCGGUACGCCGUCCGCCAAGUCCUGGACCAGGAGUAUCGCAAGGAAACAAUGCGCAAACAGUCCGACCACUUGAGCAUGAAUAAAGCGGGCGCCGUAUCCGGGGGCAUGAAACAAGUCCCAGGCACGAGCGACGCUGCACAGAAAGCCAUGGAAGCCGCUGUUAAGCGCGAUUUCUUUGGAAGGGUCAUUCAGGAGCCGGCCUCGGAGACGGGCGACUCGAAUGCGAACUCCACAGUGGACGAAUCGUCCAAGGCUGGUAGGAAGGUCUGGGUUACGUUUCAUGAGGGCUUCUCGAAUGCCGUCAGGAAGCCUAUUUCCUUAGGGGAGCUGUUGGCUGGUCUGUGA